GGUUUGCAUCACCGGCCGCUCGCGGGCUCACUCCUUCAGCUAUUCUUAGAAUGACGUCAGGCGAGAGCAUUCCUGAACGGCCCCUCUCCGGAGCUAUAUAAAGAGGUGAUGCAACCCUGCCAGGGAGAGAGACUCUCACAGUGCCACUACACCGAGCACACACUCAGCUCUGCUGCCUCUGCCUGGCAUUCUUCACGGAGGAGCAGGGACCCUGAGUCACUGACACAUCACAGCAGAUAAGAUGAUGCUUCAGCACCCAGGACAAGGCUCGGCAGCCGAGGUCAGCGCGACCGCCAUUGUUCCCUGUCUGUCGCCGACCAUGACCUUCGCCUUCGAAGACUUCACCAACUUAACGCCCCUGGUUAAAGAAGAACUCCGGUUCGCCAUCCAGAGCAAGCGUCUCGCCACCCGGCCUCCCUGCAGCCUGGAUAACGUGAUUGUCGCCGACAGGCCGAUAGAAAUGACUUUAUCCAAGACAGAGUUUGUACCAGAAGAAGAUGAAAGGAAGAAACGGAGAAGAGAACGAAACAAGGUAGCGGCUGCUAAAUGUCGAAACAAGAAGAAAGAGAAGACAGAAAGUUUACAGAAGGAGUCCGAAAAACUGGAAUCCAUCAAUGCAGAACUGAAAGCCCAGAUUGAGGAACUUAAGAACGAGAAGCAGCACUUAAUCUACAUGCUGAACCUCCACCGACCCACCUGCAUAGUCCGAGCGCAGAACGGCAGGACGCCGGAAGACGAGCGCAACCUCUUCAUUCAGCAAAUCAAAGACGGAACCUUGCAGAACCUGGUGAGCGAGGGCGUAAACUGAGCGGCCCCCUCUGUUGUACUAUACGUGGACUCACUGACGCCCCCUGGAGGCUUCGUGUGUAUCAGUGACACCCUGGCCAGAAUCCUUACAAGGAAAAAGAGCCUUUGCUGUACGGAACCGCCGCGGCGGUCUGAGCGGAAAGGAUUCAGCGUUAUUGUGCGCCACCGCCGGCAGGGACGGACUGUCACCGGAAUCCAAUCACUUGCUAUUAGUUUUGUCCUAUAGCAGCAGGAUGGAUUUAUUUUUUUUUACUUUACACUUUGUGCAAUUAUUAUUAUUUUUUUAUAUUCGUUGUGGAUCGCAGAUAUGUGAAGAAAGAAAGGAAAAAACGAAAAAUCAGUGUUCUGUAGGCAAUAAGGAGCGGACGCACUCUUUUGGCUGAAACCCACACAACGCACCAUGGACUGCCUUAACCUUACACAGCCGAGGACGCUCAACCUUUUAUUCUCCAUUUAUUUAUUCCGGAUAGUCUUGUUAGCCUAGGCCAGUGUUUCCCAACCAGGGUGCCUCCAG